AUGGAUCUCAAGCAUUUCAUCAUAAUGUUCCUCUGUGGCUACUUGAAAAUCCCAAAUCUAGCAAAAACCCAGGCAUACUCCACAGCCUCACCUCUGACUAGUCCUUUUAAAUCAUCAGUGUUGGAUACAACAGCUAAUUUUGGAAAAGGAAUAGAGAAGCCUCUCAAUCAACAACCCAUCAACACUCCAUCAGCACAACCACCACCAUCACCGACCUCCAGCCCUCGUGGGCAACCACCACUGCCAACUGUUCUUGACACCUCUGGACAGCCACCAUUGUCAUUGAUCCCUACGACUUCUGGUCAAACACCAGUGCCACCUGUCCUCAAGUCCACCAUUCAACCAACGGCAUCACCUGCCCACAAUCCCACCAGGCAACCGCCAGGACCACCUGUCCCCAGCUUCUCUGGGCAACCACCAGCAUCACCCAUCCCAAAUUCCUUCAGUCAAUCACCAAGACCACAUGUUCACUACUCCCUCAGUCAAUCACCAGAAACUCCUGUCUCUAAUUCCACUAGACAAUCACCAGAAUCAUCAGUCCCUAAUUCCACCAGACAACCAUCAGUAGCACCAGUCCCUAGCUUCUCCAAGAAACCACCAGAAUCCUCUGUCCCUAGCUCUAAUAAGCAAUCGGCAUCAAUAGUUGUAACCCCAGGAUUCAUUGAAGAAGAGAAUAAUGAUCCCAUCAAAAAAAAACCUCCAAGCUCUUCUGCCAGUUCAAUAGCUGGGGUGUUAAUUGGCACAAUUCUGACUUUUAUGAUAGUAGCUAUAGUUGUGAUUGUACUCUGGAAAUGCUUCAGAAAACCAAUCCUCCAUGAUCAAAACUGGGCUGGCCGGUCUCCCUUUGCUGAUGGAGAAACUCCUGAUUUGUGUGUGGACUACAGCAGAGAAAACAGAAAAUCCAUAAAACGUUCAUCAAUUGUUUCACUUGAGAUCUGGAAACCAAACAAAAGUAUGCUCUUAGCAGAUGAUUUGGAUGUCAAAUUAUUUGAAUCGAGUGAAAAUCUUGAGGAGUGUCCUAAGUCUGACACAGAGAAAAUGAAAGACCCACCAAAUGGCAUAUCAGAGGACAGUACUGACAGAUCAACCAUUGGCACCGCCAUUUCUUCUUCAGAGGAGACAGAAUUGAAUCCAGCUCCAGCUCUUCCUGCUUUAGAAGAGCCAGGAAAUCAGAAUCCUGACUCAUCUAACAUGCCUCUAAGUGAUUUCUCUCAUCUACCACCUCCUGUGGACAGUCUCGAUUCCGAGGUCAGGCCUCCUCUCCCUGACUCGUUUACACUGCCCCCACCUCCAGAAGACCUUCUCAACAGUCAGGAGGAAUACAGCACAAAAUCCCCUAAUUCAGUUUCAUCAACAUUAGAGACCCAGUUCCCUAUUCCGCCUGACUCUAGCCAACAAGCGUUGGAUGAAUCGCUGCCACCACCACCCACAGAAUUAUUGUGAAUGAUCAGUUUGCUGAUUUGAAGACUUUUGAAAAAAGACAAGAGACAGGGAGGUCCUGGAUUCAAAUGUGGCCUCAGACACUUCCUAGCUGUGUAACCUUGGGCAA